CUCCGAGCAUGCGUAAAUAAGGCUGCGUGUGGAAGAGAAUCUGCUCAUCAGUGAUGGCUUCAUCGUGCGCCAAGACCCUCACCUCCCUUGUUCGUCGCAUACAUGACCCUAGGCCAUUCCUCAGUCGCGGCAUGCACUCCCGAGACUGCCGUCUCCAAUGCCGCGCCAAGCGCCGAAAGUGCCGGCCCAUUGCGGCGGCCACAUCGCAAGUCCCGACAAGGGUGCCGGCGUUGUAAAACGAGGCGGGUGAAGUGCGACGAGAGCCGACCGGCAUGUGGGAAUUGCUACAGAUUGGGUAUCUUGUGCGAUUACUUCAACACCGCCUAUCCUUCCAACAACCAUCCCAGGGGGCGCGUGAGAAUCGUCCCACUUCGACGCUACGCUCCUAGAGACGUUUCCCUCACAGCUCCAGCUCCAACACACCAGCAUGAGCCAGAACCGCCAGCGCCAGCACCAACAAGUGCUUCAUCCAUCACCUCCCACAACUCCUACGCCUCCUACGCCUCCUACACCUCCUACACCUCCUACAGCCUUGUGCCUGUCACGGUUGGAACGCCUGCAGAUCGUCUCCUCGAGCUCCGGCUCUUCCAUCACUUCCACACCAUGGCCACUGAGUUAUCACAAGCCCAGAACAUCUGGUCCACUUGGAUCGUCGAGGUAGCAUUGAGAACACCCAGUGUCAUGGAUGCUGUUCUUGGCUUCUCGGCCUUCCAUAUUCGACGGUCCAACGACUUCGAUCGGGCCGUUCGCGAGGCCUCGUAUAAGUAUAUGGCGCGAGCUAUACGCUCCCAUACAGAACAGUUGCAUAGCGGCAUUAAUGAGAGUAAUGCGGCACCUAUUAUCGCGGCCUGCGCUAUCCUCCUGUUUCACGGAAGCGUGAACCAAAUAUACCUGAGUGCUGAGGCUGAGCAUCAGCUGCCUCUGCAUUGGUUCCGCCCAUUCCAAUUUGCCCGUGCUGUCUUCUUCGUGGCGUGGCCAUGGGUCUUGGAUACUGGGAACAUUGGCCAUAGGCUCGAAGGGCUAUCGACAACGCAGCAACUCAUAUCACAAGGAAGAAACCUCGACAAGUUUAAUUUCUUGCUUGAUGAUCUACACACCGAAGGGCUACUCGAUCAGGAAGCCAUGUCCGCGUAUACCCUUGCUGUGGCUAAUCUUUCCUAUAUUUAUUACAGUCCGCAGUAUACGAAUAUCCUUCGAUUCCCGGCCGUCGUCUCGUCUAGAUUUAUUGAUUUACUAGAAGCUAAGGAUCCGAGGACUUUAGCCAUCGUUGGAUAUUUUUUCAUGCUGUUGAAGAUUGCUCGUCCGCUCUGGUGGGUAGAUGGAGUGCCGGAGCGGGAGUUCACUGCGAUCAUGGCGUUCUUGCCUAGAGAUUGGUGGCCCCUGAUGGGCUGGGCAAUUCAAGAAUUUGGAUGGAGUGAAGUUGGCUUGGGCUUAAAGAUAUAGAUUGACUUAAUAAGAAAAUGCGUCUCUAUUGCCAUCA